UGCAGACCGGAAGUAGUCCUCGCUGGGGGCUUCUGGGAAGCGGCUUGUGAGCGGCGAUUCUGCGUCUGUCUUGGACAGCGAAGCUGCUGCCUCCUGAGCCAGAGGAGUACCUGUAAGGAACAAAAACAGGGUGUUUCCCUGAGGCUUACAGUCUGCCUUGUCUUUUCCUGAAGUGUAAAUCAGGAUGUCUGCACAGUCAGUGGAAGAAGAUUCAAUACUUAUUAUCCCAACUCCAGAUGAAGAGGAAAAAAUAUUGAGAGUAAAGUUGGAGGAGGAUCCUGAUGGUGAAGAGGGAUCAAGUAUCACAUGGAACCAUCUCCCCGACCCAGAGGUUUUCCGACAGCGAUUCAGGCAGUUUGGAUACCAGGAUUCACCAGGGCCCCGUGAGGCUGUGAGCCAACUUCGAGAACUUUGCCGUCUGUGGCUCAGGCCAGAGACACACACAAAGGAACAAAUCUUGGAGCUGGUAGUGUUAGAACAGUUUGUUGCCAUCCUACCCAAGGAGCUGCAGACUUGGGUCCGAGAACAUCAUCCAGAAAAUGGAGAGGAAGCCGUGACAGUGCUGGAAGAUUUGGAGAGUGAACUGGAUGACCCUGGGCAGCCGGUUUCUCUCCCUCGACGGAAACGGGAAGUGCUAGUAGAAGAGAUUGUAUCUCAAGAAGAAGCUCAGGGAUUACCAAACUCUGAGCUUGAUGCUGUGGAGAACCAAUUGAAAUGGGCAUCCUGGGAGCUCCAUUCCCUACGGCACUGUGAUGAUGAUGCCAGGACUGAAAACGGAGCGCUCGCUCCAAAGCAAGAGGUUGCUUCAACAGUAGAAUCUCAUGAAGUUCCUGGGACUCUCAAUAUAGGUGUUCCUCAAAUUUUUAAAUAUGGAGAAACCUGUUUCCCAAAGGGCAGGUUUGAAAGAAAGAGAAAUCCCUCUCGAAAGAAACAGCAUAUAUGUGAUGAAUGUGGAAAACACUUCAGUCAGGGCUCAGCCCUUAUUCUUCAUCAAAGAAUCCACAGUGGGGAAAAACCUUAUGGAUGUGUGGAAUGUGGAAAAGCAUUCAGCAGAAGUUCCAUCCUUGUACAGCACCAGAGAGUACAUACUGGAGAAAAACCUUACAAAUGUCUUGAAUGUGGGAAGGCUUUUAGCCAGAAUUCUGGGCUUAUUAAUCAUCAGAGAAUCCAUACAGGGGAGAAACCUUAUGAAUGCGUUCAGUGUGGGAAAUCCUAUAGUCAAAGCUCAAAUCUUUUUAGACAUCAGAGAAGACAUAAUGCAGAAAAACUUCUGAAUGUUGUGAAAGUUUAAGAUAUUACAAAAAAAAUCAGCACUCAGGUCUUUUUCUUCAGAAAUGGAGACAAAAAUUAAACCAUGAAGUGAUACAGAAUAGUUUUUUUCCCUGUUGACUCUCAGAAAAUCUACUGGGAAAUACUAAAAAAUCUUCACUCACCAUGAUUAUUUUAUCUUGAAAAAUGGUGUUAUGCCUGCCUAGCAGCUGAAAUUAAAAACUUAAUUCAGGUAUUAAUGCCUAAAUUUUCAUGUGAUGUUUAUAAUUUGUUUUCCAAAUAAUGAACUACUUUGUUCUUUGUCCCUUUCUUAAAAGUUUCAUUUUUCAGACAGCUAACUUAUUUCUAUGUUAGUCAUUGAAAUGUUCUCUGUAAAGAUACAUUCCUUUCUCUUUUAGAAGGUAGCAUAGGACUUACACAGUCUGGAUACCAGACUUAAACCAUUGUAAAACCAUCUUUUAAAAAACUUACUGUUCUCUUUUUAUCUAUUUUAAAUAAACAUUUCAGAAAAUAGAGGCUAAAAGAUGGCUAUAAACCUCAAAAUAAAAUGAGCCUUAAGAUUUGAGAUAAAUUUUGGUGAUAAAACUUCAAAAAGUAAGUAGAGCAUUCGAUUGGGAAAGAUACACAGAUUGACUUAACCACUGAAUUAUAUCAGUUUAAGUAGUCAUUGCCUAGAGGAAAACUUAAAAUGUUGUUUAAUCUAGGGCCUUCUUAAUAAUGAAAAUGUUUUCCGAUGUGUCAUUAAAAAGUAGUUUGAACAAUAAUUAUAAAGCUGAAGGUAGUAAUUAGAACACUUAAGCAUUUGCGGUGAAUGGCAGUAUUAAAAAGCAAAUGUAAACAGAAGGUUAAUGGUCUGUUGUGGCUUUUAGAAAGAUUCAAGGUCUAAUGCAUUCUUAUUUUGCCUUUAUCUGUUGUGGACAGAAUAUUCCCUGACAGGUGGGCAACAAGUAUCAGGUCUGCUGUUUUUAUUAUUUUGGUACGGAAGAGUUGAACAGGCAAAAAACAGUCAUGCAUUUCUUAAACAUUUUCUACCAACAAGGCACUGUGCUAGGUACUGUAAUCCUAUCAUAAGUGGAUAGGUAUUUCUUCCACUGUAAAUCAUAGGGGUUUGGUACAAAGCUGUUUUAUGUAGUUAGCUUCUUUUCCCUGUCAACAUUCCCAGAAGGGGUCACCGCUGAGAUUCCCAGAGCCAUAGUUCUCUCACCAGGGUGUUGUAGUUGGAGGGAAAGGAAGACUCAGCUCAACAAGCUGGCUGGAUCUCCAGCUUUCCUCAGAGGUGAGUCCAAGAUAGACUUUAUCACAGUUUGGCAGUUUAUGAAUCUUUUAAAAACAAAACUAAACAAUCUCUAGUAGCAUUGAGGUUGUACCUAUGUGUGAGGUUGAAUGGACUCUUCUACUUUAAAAAUAACUAGGCUAUUAACAGCUAGUUUAUUAACUAUCAGAGUUGAUUAAACUAUUUUUUUUAACUUUCAGCUUACACAUUUUAAAAAUGUAUUAAAGUAAUACGUUGUAGUAGUAGGAUGAUGUGCUCCUUGGCUGAGAAUCCCAAGUACUGUGGUUCUACUGUUCAGUGGAAAACCCAGGAAGUUGAAUUAGAGGGAAGACUUUUAAAAUGGGCAUUAAAGUAUGAAAAGUGAUCUAUGUGGAUAUAAAUAUUUAGUACUAGAUAUUUGGGUUCUAUUAGGUGUUUGGAUCCGAUUUUAAAAUGAAAGGUGAGAUUUGCAUGAGCCUAUUAAAAGGGCAUACUAGUGCUGGGCCAGCCGGUGGAGAAGUGAGGCAGAAUGGAGCUUGUUCAUAGAUUUUUUUGAUAACAAUUACAAGAAACAUGCUUUAUAGAUUAAGAUUUAUUGAAGUAUAUGUAGUAAUGAUAUAAUGUAUUUUAAGUUAUAUAAGAAAAUGUAGGGACUUUUGUUUGGGUCUUUUUCUCUUUGUGGCUGAGAGGAAGCAAGUCAAUGUCCAAUAAAGCUCUAAACUCCUCUA